UCCUUGCUUUCUGAGACCUGUGCCUGAUUUUAAGAGAGAGAAGUUCUCUGAACAUUUAAACGGGGCCUUUAUCAAAAAAAAAACCCAUCAGAUGGUGAGAAGCACAGCUGCAUUUUGGAGUUCAAGGAUGGAGUGAACACUGAGCUGAGCUUCACAUGCUUGGGCUUUCCGAUGUCCAGCAAAAAGGAAACGAUGAGUCAGCAAACAAAGGAGAUCUAAAGAAGAAUGUGCUAAUUCAUAAAUCCAAAAUCUGCUUCAUGUUUCUAUCAGGAAGAUAUAGAAAAAGAAUCAAUGGAGAUCAAGGAUAAGAUCAGGCUGCCCCGCGUCACCGUGCAGCAUGAGCGCCUGGGCUGCAGGACCUUCGAGCUGCCGCCCGCCGCCGCCGUGCGCCACGUGAAGGCGCGGAUCGAGGCGGACGCCGCCUUCCCCGCCGCCCGCCAGCGCCUCUGGCACCGCGGCAGAGAGUUGCCUGAUGAUACCAAGAUUCAGGAUCUGCAAAAGUCUCAAAAUCAAAUUUUUCUAAAGCUUCAGUCAGAAGGUUUGAAAGGAGGAGGCCGCUUUGGACAAACAACUCCACCACUUGUUGACUUUCUUAAGGAUAUUUUAAGAAGAUACCCAGAAGGAGGGCAGAUCCUUAAGGAACUGAUCCAGAAUGCAGAAGAUGCUGGUGCCACAGAGGUUAGGUUUUUAUAUGAUGAAACUCAGUAUGGAACAGAAACUCUCUGGUCGAAGGACAUGGCACAGUAUCAGGGGCCAGCAUUUUAUGCAUACAAUGAUGCAGUUUUCACCCCUGAGGACUGGCAUGGUAUUCAGGAAAUAGCAAGAAGCAGGAAAAAGGAUGAUCCCCUGAAAGUUGGAAGAUUUGGAAUUGGCUUUAAUUCAGUUUAUCAUAUAACAGAUGUCCCUAGUAUUUUCAGUGGUGACCAAAUUGGAAUGUUGGAUCCCCAUCAGACUCUUUUUGGACCUCACGAAUCAGGCCAGUGUUGGAAUCUAAAAGAAGACAGCAAAGAAAUCAAUGAACUUGCAGACCAGUUUGCACCAUUCGUUGGCGUUUUUGGCAGCACUAAGGAAACUUUUAAGAAUGGAAACUUUCCUGGGACUUUUUUUCGUUUCCCGCUUCGCCUGCAGCCUUCCCAACUGAGCAGCAACGUUUAUGACAAACAGAAGGUUUUGGAGCUCUUUGAGUCCUUCAGAGCAGAUGCAGACACAGUGUUGCUCUUCUUGAAGAGCGUUCAGGAUGUUUCCUUGCACGUUAGGGAGGCUGAUGGAAGUGAGAGACUGAUUUUCAGAGUAACUGCUAGCGAGAACAAGGCCUUGAAACACGAAAGACCCAAUUCUAUCAAAAUUUUGGGAACUGCAAUAAAUCAGUACUGUAAGGGCGUUCCAAGCAACAGCAUAACUUGUGUGACGUACCAUGUAAAUAUAAUUCUAGAAGAUGAGAGUGUUAAAGAUGCCCAGAAAACAUCUUGGUUGGUAUGUAACUGUGUAGGUGGCCGAGGAAUGUGCACUGAACUGGACUGUCUGGCCGACGACUUGAAAUUUGUUCCUACUAUUGGGAUAGCCAUGUCUUUGUCAAGCAAUGGGGAGGAAAAGGGAGCUGUCGCGGACUUUUCAGGGAGAGCAUUUUGUUUUCUUCCUUUGCCUCCAGGUGAAGAAAGCAAAACAGGUCUCCCUGUUCACGUCAGUGGUUUCUUUGGACUCACGGACAACAGGAGGAGCAUCAAAUGGCGGGAGCUGGAUCAGUGGAGAGAUCCCGCAGCUUUGUGGAAUGAUCUUCUUGUGGUGAAUAUAGUGCCAAAGGCAUAUACCACUCUUGUAUUGGAAGCUAUCAAGCGAAUGGAGACGGAGAUGAAUUCGGAUUUUCCCAUGUCAGCUGAAAGAAUUUACAGGCUAUGGCCUGAUGAGAACAAAACCAGGGUACCCUGGAAACCAAUCAUAGUACCUCUCUUUAAAGAGCUGCUCCAGAAUGCAGUUAUUUACUCAGUGAGUAAUCAGUGGGUACAGGUGGAACAGGUGCACUUUUCUGAAGUGGAUGAGAGCUUGGAGUACACACAGUCUGUUCUCAACUACCUCCAGAAUUCAGGGAAGCAAAUUGCCAAGGUACCAGCAAAUAUCGCUAGUGCUUUGCAGCUUACUAUUUCUAGUGCUAAAGCUGUGAAAAAAGUGACUCCUGCCGUGGUGCGGCAAGUGCUGAGGAAAUCCGGGCACUGUGGACCUGCUGAAGAAAAGCUUCAUCUCUUAGAGUUUGUGCUUUCUGAUGGAGUCUACAGUGAGCUCAUUGGGUUGGACCUUUUACCAUUGCAGAAUGGGAAUUUUGUUCCCUUUUCCUCAUCUGUKUCCGAACAGGAUGUUGUUUACAUAACCUCAGAAGAUUAUCCAAGAUCCCUCUUCCCUGGUCUUGAAGGAAGGCUACUUUCUGAUGAGCUCAAGCCUGAGGUUCUAGCUGCCCUGAAAGAGGCUGCCARAAGCCGAGGAAGGCCGUGCACUCAACUGCAGCUUCUGAACCCAGAAAGAUUUGCCCGUUUAAUUAAAGAAGUUAUGAACAGUGUCUGGCCUGGCAGAGACAUGGUGGUACAGUGGUGUCCAGGUUUAGAAGACCAAAGUCACCCAUCGGUUUGCUGGCUUAAGAUGGUCUGGAAGAACUUAUACAUACAUUUUGCUGAUGACUUAAGCCUGUUUGAUGACAUGCCACUUAUUCCCAAGACACUGCUGGAAGAAAACCAGACAUCAGUGGAACUGAUUAGACUUAGGAAUCCAUCACCUAUCAUUCUGGAUGAUGAAUCUGAGACUCAGCUCCCAGAAUAUAUAGCUGAUAUUAUUCAGAAAGUUGGUGGAGUUGUGCUUAAAAAGCUAGAUAUUUCUAUACAACAUCCACUUAUAAAAAAAUACAUACAUCCACCRUUGCCAAGUGCUGUUCUACAAAUAAUGGAAAAAAUGUCCUUACAGAAGCURUGCAAUCAGGUUGCAUCAUUCCCAGCAACACAUAAAGAUGCUCUUAGAGGAUUCUUAGCUAGUUUAGCUGAUGCAAGUGAAAAAGAGAGAAGAAUUAUUCAGGAAUUGCAGGUAUUCAGAAAAAUUGAAAAAUCAUCUGAUGAAAGCGUCCCUGUUUUUACUGGGCUGAAAGGCUGUAGGGUAUUACAUCACACUGCCAAGAUCCCUCCUGGUCUAAGAUUUUCUAUUCCAAUAAUUGACAGCAGUGAUGAAGCCACCAUCCGCUUAUCCACCUUGCUGAAAAUAGAACAGCUGAAAAGCACAGACUGCUUGAAGUUUAUUAUACAAGACAUCAAAAGUGAUUUUUAUUCGUAUGAUGAAACAGCACAGAUAAUGCAGUGGGUUCUUGAAAAUCUGACUUUUCUGAAAAAUGAGAAUGUAGAUGUCAUAGACUGGYUGACAUCCCUGAAGUUUAUUAAGAUUUCCCAGGAGAAGAUGAUGUCAGCAAAUGAGCUCUUUGAUCCUGAGGUAGAACUACUGCAAAACUUGUUUUAUGCUGAGGAAGAAAUUUGUUUCCCACCUACUAUUUUUACGGCUUCGUCAGAUAUUCUUCAUUCUCUAAGACAAAUUGGCUUAAAAAGUGAAGCUGAUCUUGAUGAAAAUGAUAUUUUGAGAGUGGCAAAUAAAAUUGAAAGUUUGCAUGCUAAUUCAAAUAACAAUCACGAUUUAUUAUUGAGAAAAGCCAGAACUCUCUUGAUGAUUUUGAACAAAAACCACACGCUGCUUCACUCAGUGGAAACAAAAACUGCACUGAAAAAAAUAAAGUGGAUUCCUGCAUGUAAGGAAAGACCUCCAAAUUAUCCAGGAUCCUUAGUAUGGAAAGGAGAUCAGUGUAAUCUGUGUUGCCCCCCAGAAAUGUGUGAUGCAUCUCAUGCAAUUUUAGUUGGUUCCUCUGUUCCCCUUGUGGAAAAUGUGCAUUUGAAUAUAGAAAAAGCACUUGGCAUCCCCUCCAAACCUAGUAUAAAAGCAGUUUUAAAGCACUUCAAGGUGGUGGUUGAUUGGCACAGUUCUAAAACCUUCAGUGAUGAGGACUAUUACCAGUUUCAGCAUAUCUUACUUGAAAUUUAUGGAUUUAUGCAUGAUCACUUAGAAGAAGGUAAAGAAGCUUUUAAAGCCUUGAAAUUUCCCUGGGUUUGGACUGGUAARACAUUUUGUUCCCUCACACAAGCAGUAAUAAAAUCAGUACCUGAUCUUGACCUCCAGCCUUAUCUACAUUAUGUGCCAAAAACUAUGGCUAAAUUUCACCAGUUGUUCAAAUGUUGUGGUUCAAUUGAGCAGUUAACACCAGACCACGUUUCUAUGGUCAUUCAGAAGAUAUACCUGAAAAGUGAGCAGUCUCUCUCAGAAGAAGAGAGUAAGCAAAAUCUUCACAUCAUGUUGAGUAUUAUAAGGUGGCUUUACAGCAAUCAAAUCCCUGCAAGUUUGCAUAUGCCUAUGCCUUUAUACAGUGGAAAAAUUCCUUACAAACUUGCAAUGAGGCCAAUUCAUGAGUGCUGUUACUGCGAUAUCAAAGUUGAUGAUUUGAAUGAUUUGCUUGAAGAUUCCGUUGAACCAAUAAUUUUGGUGCAUGAAGACAUUCCAAUGAAAACAGCAGAGUGGUUAAAUGUCCCAUGCCUUAGUACAAGAUUAAUUAAUCCGGAAAAUAUGGGCUUUGAGCAAUCUGGACAAAGAGAACCUCUGACUGUAAGAAUUAAAAAUAUUUUGGAAGAAUACCCUUCCAUUUCAGAUAUCUUCAAGGAGCUGCUUCAAAAUGCUGAUGAUGCCAAUGCAAGUGAAUGUAAUUUCAUGAUUGACCUGAGACGAAAUAUGGACAUAAGAGAGAAUCUUUUGGAUCCAGGAAUGGCAGCGUGUCAUGGUCCAGCUCUGUGGUCGUUCAAUAAUUCUGAGUUUUCUGACUCUGAUUUUCUAAAUAUAACUCGAUUAGGAGAGUCUUUAAAAAGGAGUGAGGUUGACAAAGUAGGGAAAUUUGGACUGGGAUUUAAUUCUGUUUAUCAUAUCACUGAUAUUCCUAUUAUUUUGAGUCGAGAGUUCAUGAUUAUGUUUGAUCCAAAUGUUAACCAUAUCAGCAAGCAUAUUAGAGAUAAAUCUAACCCAGGCAUCAAAAUUAACUGGAGCAAACAACAGAAGCGACUGCGGAAGUUUCCCAAUCAGUUUAAGCCAUUUAUUGGAGUUUUUGGUUGCCAGUUGCCGUUGGCUGUAGAAUCUCCUUAUAGCUACAACGGGACCCUCUUCAGACUCUCCUUCAGAACUCAACAGGAAGCUAAAGUGAGUGAAGUCAGCAGCACAUCCUACAACACAGCAGACAUUUACUCUCUUGUGGAUGAAUUCAGCCUUUGUGGCCAUAGGCUGAUCAUAUUUGCUCAGAGUGUAAAUACAAUGGUUCUGAAAUACUUGAAAAUUGAGGAAGAUGAUCCUGGGAUGGCCCAAGAUGUUGUCACUAUUAGAAAAAAGCAGUGCUCUUCCAAAGCGUUGACUGCACCCAAUGUCAGUGUCCUAAAGGAAGCAGCUAAACUAAUGAAGGUCUGCAGCAGCAGCAGCAAUAAAAAGCACCCCAGUGAAACACCCAAGUCCUCAUGUAUUUUACAGAUAGUAGUAGAAGAAUUUCAUCACGUAUUUAGACGGAUUGCUGAUCUACAGUCUCCACUUUUCAGAGGUCCAGAGGAUGAUCCGGCUUCUUUCUUCGAAAUGGCGAAAUCUGGACCGAUCAAACGAUCAGCAGAUGAACUGCCACAAAAAUCAGUAGAUUCCACGACCUGGCUUCUCUGUUCUUGCAUGGAUACAGGGGAGGCUUUAAAGUUUUCUUUGCAUGAGAGUGGACGAAGGCUGGGUCUCGUUCCAUGUGGUGGAGUAGGAGUGCUGCUCUCUGAAACUCAGGAUCAAAAGUGGCUUGUGAAACCUAAUUGCAACACCAUAGGGGAAGUGUUCUGCUAUUUACCUCUGCGAAUAAAAACAGGUUUGCCUCUGCAUAUAAACGGCUGCUUUGCAGUUACUUCAAAUCGGAAAGAGAUCUGGAAAACAGACACAAAAGGAAGGUGGAACACAGUGUUCAUGAGGCAUGUCAUUGUGAAAGCCUACCUGGAAGCGCUUUGUGUCUUACGUGACAUGGCCAUCAAUGGUGAGCUGGUCGACUACAGCUAUUUUGCAGUGUGGCCUGACCCUGAUUCAGUUCAUGAUGAUUUUUCUGUUAUUUGUCAAGGGUUUUACGAAGAUAUAGCUCAUAUGAAAAGCAAAGAAGGCAUCAAAGUAUUUUCUGAUGGGUUCUCUUGGGUUUCCAUGAAGAAUGUAAGGUUUUUGGAUGACUCAAUACUAAAACGGCCAGACAUUGGACCAUCAGCCUUUAAGAUCUUUCUGAAGUACCUUAAAAAAACUGGUUCCAGAAACCUGUGUGCUGUAGAUCUCCCUUCCUGGGUAAAGAUAGGAUUUGAAGAAGCAGGAUGCAAGCACAUAYUAUUGGAGAACACAUUUUCUGAGAAACAGUUCUUUUCUGAGGUAUUUUUCCCUAAUGUUCAGGAGAUCGACGCAGAGCUGCGUGAUCCUUUGAUGCGCUAUGUCCUCAAUGAAAAAGUUGAGGAGUUUUCGGGAAUUCUUCGCGUUACCCCUUGUAUUCCUUGUUCUUUGAAUGGACAUCCGUUGGUUACACCCUCAAGAUUGAUCCACCCUGAAGGAAGAGUUGCAAAGUUAUAUGAUGCAGAAGAUGGAAGAUUUCCUUACGGCACUACUCAGGACUAUCUGAACCCCGUUAUUUUGGUUAAACUUGUUCAGUUAGGCAUGGCUAAAGAUGAUAUUUUAUGGGAAGAUCUGGUAGAACGUGCAGAGUCAGUAGCAGAAAUUAAUAAGAUUGACCAUGCUGCAGCUUGCCUCAGAAGCAGUAUUAUACUGAGUCUUAUUGAUGAAAAACUGAAGUGUAGGGAUCCUAGAGCUAAAGAAUUCGCUGAAAAAUGUCAAACUAUCCCUUUCCUUCCCUUCCUUAGCAAACCAGCAGGCUUCUCCUUGCACUGGAAGGGCAGCGAUUUUCAGCCUGAAACCAUGUUUUCAGCUACUGAUCUUUUUACUGCUGAUCAUCAAGAUACAGUUUGUCUAAUAGAACCAAUUCUUAAUGAAAACUCCUCUUCCUUUAAAGGCUGCGGUGCUUUGUCAUUAGCUGUCAAAGAGUUUUUGGGGUUGCUUAAGAAACCGGACGUUAAUUUGGUCAUAAAUCAGCUGGAAGAAGUUGCUAAGACAUUUGAUGGAAUUACAUUAUAUCAGGAAAAUAUCACUAAUGCAUGUUACAAAAAUCUGCAUGAAGCGAUGUUAGAAAAUGAAUCAGCAAAAGCUGUGAUAAUUGAACAACUGAAAAGCUGUAGUUUUAUUCUCGUUGAGAAUGUGUAUGUUGAUCCAGCAAAAGUGUCUUUCCAUUUGAAUUUUGAAGCAGCACCUUAUCUCUAUCAGUUGCCUAAUAAGUAUAAAAAUAGUUUUCGUGAACUGUUUGAAAGUGUGGGUGUGAGACAGGCCUUCACAGUUGAAGAUUUUGCCCUCGUCUUGGAAUUGGUAAAUCAGGAAAGAGGAACCAAACAACUGACAGAAGAGAAUUUUCAGCUUUGCAGGAGAAUCAUCAGUGAAGGAAUAUGGAGCCUCAUUAGAGAGAAGAAGCAGGAAUUUUGUGAGAAAAAGUAUGGUGAGAUAUUGUUGCCUGAUACUCGUCUUGCACUUCUGCCUGCAAAUUCCUUGUGUUACAACGACUGUCCAUGGAUUAAAGUUAAAGACACAACUGUUAAGUAUUGCCAUGCUGAUAUUCCAAGGGAAGUUGCAGUUAAGCUUGGAGCGAUACCAAAGCGACAUAAAGCUCUAGAAAGAUACGCAUCUAAUAUCUGUUUUACUACCCUUGGCACAGAAUUUGGCCAGAAAGAAAAACUGACGAGCAGAAUUAAGAGCAUCCUUAAUGCCUACCCAUCAGAAAAGGAGAUGCUGAAAGAGCUCCUUCAGAAUGCAGAUGAUGCAAAAGCCACAGAAAUCUGUUUUGUGUUUGAUCCCAGGCAGCACCCGGCUGACAGGAUAUUUGAUGAGAAAUGGGGGCCGCUUCAAGGACCAGCGUUGUGUGUUUACAACAAUCAGCCUUUCACAGAAGACGAUAUUAGAGGAAUCCAGAACCUUGGAAAAGGUACAAAAGUAGGAAAUCCCUGUAAAACUGGACAGUACGGGAUAGGUUUCAAUUCUGUUUAUCAUAUUACUGAUUGCCCUUCUUUCCUCUCCGGCAACGAUAUUCUUUGUAUUUUUGAUCCUCAUGCUAGAUAUGCACCAGGCUCAACAUCGACUAGUCCUGGGCGCAUGUUUAGAGAUUUGGAUGCAGAUUUCAGAACACAGUUCUCAGAUGUGCUGGACCUCUAUUUAGGAAAUCACUUUAAGCUGGAUAACUGUACCAUGUUCCGGUUUCCUCUUCGAAAUGCAGAAAUGGCCAAAGUAUCAGAAAUUUCCUCCGUUCCAUGUUCAGAUAGAAUGGUCCAAAAUCUCUUAGAUAAGCUGCGUACGGAUGGGGCAGAACUUCUAAUGUUUCUGAACCAUAUGGAAAAAAUUUCUAUUUGUGAGAUAGAAAAAACAACAGGAGUACUCAACGUCUUAUAUUCUGUGCAAGGCAAAAUCACYGAUGGAGACAGACUGAAAAGAAAGCAAUUCCACGCGUCGGUAAUUGAUAGUGUUACUAAAAAAAGGCAGCUAAGUGAAAUACCUGUGCAGCAGAUCACUUACACGAUGGAUACUGAGGACUCGGAAGGGAAUCUUACAACUUGGUUAAUUUGUAACAGGUCAGGCUUUUCCGCCAUGGAAAAGGUGUCCAAGAGUGUUGUAUCGGCCCACAAGAACGAGGACAUUACUCUUUUCCCACGUGGGGGAGUAGCGGCUUGCAUUACUCAUAAUUACAAAAAACCCCACAGGGCGUUCUGUUUCUUGCCUUUGUCCUUAGAAACUGGGUUACCUUUUCACGUGAAUGGCCACUUUGCUCUGGAUUCUGCCAGAAGAAAUCUGUGGCGUGAUGAUAACGGCGUUGGAGUAAGAAGUGACUGGAAUAACUGCCUAAUGACAGCGUUGAUAGCCCCGGCCUAUGUUGAGCUGCUAAUUCAGCUGAAAAAACGGUAUUUUCCAGGCACCGACCCUACAGUAUCAGUAUUGCAAAACACACCUAUUCAUGUUGUGAAAGACACGUUAAAAAAAUUUUUGUCCUUUUUCCCUGUUAACCGGCUUGACAUUCAGCCGGAUUGGUAUUGUUUAGUGAAAGCAGUUUACAGUUGCAUUUAUGAGGAUCUGAAGCGUCUUUUGCCUGUUAUGCGAGCUCCAAACAUUGAUGGUUCCGAUUUGCAUUCGGCUGUGAUCAUCACCUGGGUUAACAUGUCUACUGCCAACAAAGGGAGACCGUUUUUUGACAAUUUACUGCAAGAUGAAUUGCAGCAUCUCAAGAACACAGAGUACAACAUCACAACGCGCAAGACRGUGGCUGAAAAUGUUUACAGGCUCAAACAUUUACUUCUAGAAAUYGGAUUUAAUUUGGUGUAUAACUGUGAUGAAACUGCAAACCUUUACCACUGUCUGAUAGAUGCAGACAUUCCUGUUACCUACGUGACGCCUGCUGACGUCCGAAUCUUUUUGAUGACAUUUUCUUUUCCAGACUCCACUUGUCAYAUCGGGAAGUUACCUUGUCGUCUUCAGCAGACAAAUCUGAAACUUUUCCACAGUCUGAAGCUUCUGGUUGACUAUUGUUUUAAGGAUGCAGAAGAAAAUGAAAUCCAGGUUGAGGGCUUGCCACUCCUCAUUACCCUGGACAAUGUUUUGCAAAUUUUUGAUUCCAAGCGACCAAAGUUCUUAACAACAUAUCAUGAACUGAUUCCGUCUCGCAAGGAUCUCUUUAUGAACACAUUGUAUUUGAGAUACAACACUAUUUUACUUAGCAGUGAGGUGGCAAAAGUCUUUGAUAUCACAAGUUUUGCUGACUUGUUGUCAUCUGUGUUGCCUAGAGAGUAUAAAACCAAAAACUGUAUGAAAUGGAAAGAAAACUUUGCAAGUGAAUCUUGGCUUAAAAACGCCUGGCAUUUUAUUAGUGAGUCUAUAAAUGUUAAGGAAGACCAAGAAGAUAUGCAAGCAAAAUUUGAUGGUGUUGUUGAAACUUUGAAGGACUGGACUUUGCUUCCAGGUGUAAAGUUUACUGUCUCAGCUAAUCAUCUUGUGGUGCCAGAGUGUGAUGUUUUGUUGCCCCUCAGCAUUAUGCAUAUAGCUGUUUUCCCAAAUGCUCAGAGUGAUAAAGUCUUCCAUGCUUUAAUGAAAACAGGUUGUAUUCAGCUGGCUUUGAACAAAAUUUGCUCCAAGGACAGUGCUUUAGUGCCUUUGCUGUCGGGUUGUACAGCAAAUAUAGAUAAUCCUUCAAGCAUUCUGAAAGCCAUACAAUACAUGGUACAGACAUCAACUUUUAAGACGGAAAAAUUAGCAGAAAGUGACUUUGAAGCUCUUUUAAUGUACUUCAAUUGCAAUUUAAGUCAUUUGACGUCUCAGGAUGACAUUAAAAUUUUAAAGUCUCUUCCAUGCUAUAAAUCCAUUAGCGGCCGAUACAUCAGCAUUUCAAAAUAUGGGACCUGUUACGUGCUCACAAAAAGCAUCCCAUCGAUAGAAGUCGAUAGAUGGACACAAUCUACUUCAUCAGCUUUUCUUGAAGAAAAAAUUCACCUGAAAGACUUGUACACAGUGCUUGGCUGCGUCUCUGUGGAUGAUCUUGAGGUGUAUUUGAAACAUCUUCUGCCAAAAAUUGAAGGUCUGUCUUACGAUGCCAAAUUAGAACACUUGAUCUACCUAAAGAAUAGGCUAACUGGCAUUGAGGAAACUUCAGAAGUGAAGGAACAGCUGUUUGAAAAGCUAGAAAGCAUUUUGAUCAUUCAUGAUUCAGGCAAUAGAUUAAAACCUGCAAAAUAUUUUUAUGACAGAACUGUAAGGGUCUUUGAAGUUAUGCUUCCUGAAAAAUUCUUCAUACCUCAAGAAUUUUUUAAGAAACUGGAACAACUUACAAAACCAAAGAAUCAAGCUGCGUUCCUUACAUCGUGGGUAACUUUCCUACGGCAUAUCGGACUGAAAUUCAUUAUUUCACAGCAGCAGUUACUGCAGUUUGCUAAGGAGAUCAGCAUGCGAGCUAAUACAGAAAACUGGUCAAAGGAAACUCUCCAGAAUACUGUUGAUGUCCUCCUCCAUCACAUCUUUCAAGAAAGAACUGAUCUCUUGUCGGGAAACUUUCUGAAAGAGUUGUCACUGAUUCCUUUCCUGUGCCCUGAGCGAGCCCCUGCGGAGUUUGUUAGAUUUCAUCCUCAGUAUCAAGAAGUUAAUGGGACGCUUCCUCUUAUACGAUUCAAUGGUGCCCAGGUAAAUCCUAAGUUCAAGCAGACUGAUGUGUUACAGUUACUGUGGACUUCAUGUCCCAUUCUUCCCGAGAAAGCAACGCCCUUGAGCAUCAAAGAACAAGAAGGAAGCAGCCUGGGUUCACAGGAACAGCUCGAGCAGGUUUUGACUAUGCUGAAUGUUAAUUUGGAUCCUCCCUUGGACAAAGUUAUCAAUAACUGCAGGAACAUAUGCAACAUAACAACUUUGGAUGAGGAGAUGGUGAAAACGAGGGCCAAGGUCCUGAGAAGCAUUUAUGAAUUUCUCAGUACAGAGAAAAGGGAAUUCCGCUUUCAGCUUCGAGGAGUUUCUUUUGUAAUGGUGGAAGAAGGCUGGAAGCUCCUGAAGCCUGAAGAGGUAGUAAUAAACCUGGAAUACGAAUCUGAUUUUAAGCCUUACCUUUACAAACUUCCUUUAGAGCUUGGCACUUUCCAUCAGUUAUUUAAACAUUUGGGUACCGAAGAUGUCAUUUCGACAAAGCAGUACGUUGAAGUUCUCGGUCGCAUAUUCAAGAAUUCAGAAGGGAAGCAGCUGGAUCCCAAUGAGAUGCGCACAGUUAAACGAGUAGUUUCUGGCCUUUUCAAAAGUCUGCAAAAUGAUUCUGUCAAAGUUAGAAAUGACCUUGAGAACAUGAAGGAGUUUGCCCUUUACCUCCCCAGUCAAGAUGGUAGGUUGGUAAAGUCGAGUAUCUUAGUUUUUGAUGAUGCACCUCACUACAAAAGUAGAAUACAGGGUAACAUUGGUGUGCAAAUGCUUGUUGAUCUUAGCCAGUGUUACUUGGGCAAAGACCAUGGCUUUCACACUAAACUGAUCAUGUUAUUUCCUCAGAAAUUGAGACCUCGCUUACUUAGCAGUAUUCUGGAAGAACAGCUGGAUGAAGAGUGUCCAAAAAUUUGUCARUUUGGGGCAUUAUGUUCUCUGCAGGGAAGAUUACAGUUACUGUUAUCUUCAGAACAGUUCAUCACAGGCCUUAUUAGGAUUAUGAAGCAUGAAAAUGACAAUGCUUUUUUAGCUAACGAAGAAAAAGCAAUAAGACUUUGCAAAGCUUUGCGGGAAGGUCUGAAAGUUUCCUGUUUUGAGAAGUUGCAAACGACACUGAGAGUUAAAGGUUUUGCUCCUAUUCCCCACAGUAAAAGCGAAACAUUUGCCUUCCUAAAGAGAUACGGAAAUGCAGUGAUACUGCUGUACAUACAGCACUCUGACAGCAAAGAUAUCAAUUUCCUGUUAGCAUUAGCAAUGACCUUGAAAUCGGCUACUGACAAUUUGAUUUCUGAUACCUCGUAUCUAAUUGCCAUGCUGGGUUGUAACGAUAUCUACCGGCUUAGCGAGAAGCUUGACAGUUUAGGAGUCAAGUAUGACUCUUCAGAGCCAUCAAAGCUCGAACUACCAACGCCUGGCACUCCUAUCCCAGCUGAAAUUCACUAUACGCUCCUCAUGGAUCCGAUGAACGUGUUUUAUCCCGGUGAGUAUGUUGGUUACCUUGUUGACGCCGAAGGCGGUGAUAUAUAUGGAUCCUAUCAACCAACUUACACAUACGCGAUCAUUGUACAAGAAGUAGAAAGAGAAGAUGAUGAAAGUCACAGUUUUUUAGGUAAGAUUUAUCAGAUUGAUAUCGGAUAUAGCGAGUAUAAAAUAGUGAGCUCUCUUGAUUUGUACAAGUUUUCGAGGCCUGAAGAAAGUGCUCAGAGUAGGGACAGCACACCUUCCACCCCGACCAGUCCUACAGAAUUCCCCAUGCACGGACUGAGGACGAUUCCACCUCUCUUCACCGGCAAGGAGAGCCACAAGACAACGUCCUCCAAGCAUCACUCUCCAAAAAAGAUAAAGCCAAACUCCUUGCCAGAAAUAUUAAGAGAAGUGACAUCUGUGAUUGAACAGGCUUGGAAGCUUCCGGAAUCCGAAAGAAAAAAGAUCAUCAGAAGGCUGUACCUUAAAUGGCAUCCCGAUAAAAACGCGGAGAACCUUGAGAUAGCUAAUGAAGUUUUCAAGCAUUUGCAGAAUGAGAUCAACAGGCUAGAGAAACAGGCCUUUAUAGAUCAAAAUAUGGACAGAACGUCAAGAAGAACGUUCUCCUCCUCCGCUUCCCGGUUCCAGUCAGACAAAUUCUCCUUUAAGCGCUUUUAUACUUCCUGGAACCAGGAAGCCACGAGCCACAAGUCAGAGAGGCAGCAGUUUAAGGAGAAGGGUCCCGCYCCGGCGGGGCCCUCGUACUCGCAGCGCUUCUUCGUGCCGCCCACGUUCCGCUCCGUGGGCAACCCGGUGGAGGCCCGGCGCUGGCUCCGGCAGGCCCGGGCCAACUUCUCCGCCGCCAGGAACGACCUGCACAAGAACGCCAACGAGUGGGUGUGCUUCAAGUGCUACCUGGCCACCAAGCUCGCCUUGGUGGCCGCCGACUACGCCGUGAGGGGCAAGUCUGAUAAGGAUGUGAAGCCCGUAGCUCUGGCGCAGAAGAUUGAGGAAUACAGCCAGCAGCUGGAAGGGCUGAUGAAUGAUGUCCAGACGCUGGAAGCGUACGGGGUGGAUAGCUUAAAAACUAGGUAUCCUGACCUGCUGCCUUUCCCACAGAUUCCCAACGAUCGGUUUACUUCGGAAGUUGCUAUGAGGGUGAUGGAAUGUACCGCUUGUAUCAUAAUAAAACUUGAAAACUUUAUACAACAGAAAGUGUAAGAGAGCUGGAGAGGUUAGAAAAUGGCCUUCUCGAGAGCUUAGAUAUUUAAUGUGAUGAGAUACAAAUGUAGCUGUAAGAUUAUUGGACAAGGUUAAGUUACACAUGUAAGAUUAUUGGACAAGUUUAAGUUACACAUAACCGAGCAGUUUAGAAAUACAGUGCACGUAUGUGGAUGGUAUUGAAGUACUUAGAACUGAAGAGAAUUUAAAUUUUUUAAACUGAGCCUGCUGUAUAAGCAAACUGUAAAACAUGAUUUUUUUUUUUUUAAUUUGUAAGGAAACUGAGCUGCAGAAAUUAGCUGUAUGUACAAUAUUGUGGUGAAUUGGCACAUUAUUGAACUGCACUUUAUGUAACCAAAGCUUAGCUUUCUGUUAGAUGAAACCUCUAAUUAAAACUCCAUGUUAGAUUUUAUUUUGUUUAAUACUAUGUUUCCAGAAAGGCCGUGUCGUUUCUCAAUGUACUAAUCUUAAGACUGGAUAUAAUAUGAGAUAGGAAGUGGGAUGGAAAUGAAAAUAACUCUGGAGAAGUCUGGCUCCAAAGCACUGCUGUGUUCUUUGUGUUCUGUGGACAUUCAUGUCACUCAUAUUAGUACUCUUAUCAGCUGGAUCUGAUUAUGAAUUUGCUGCAGUAUCACAUUGUGAACACUCAGAGGAUAAUUCAGUACCUGGGAGAAUUGGUACAGCAUUUUGAUCUUAAAUAAUGAUACUUGAUUUAACAUGCAACUUCAUGUCAUGCAUUGAAUGCRUUCACU